CGCUCAUCAAUCACACCAAGCAACCGCAUUCGCUUUUAGGUUGUUGUCCUUCGCUUUCCUGCUACUGUCAAUCGGGAUCUUAGUACCUUUAUAAUACUUAUACCUUAAUCAUGCGUACCUCAAUCUUGUCCGCCACCUUGGCUGUCGUAGCUAGCGUUUCUGCGCUGCCAUCUCCUCAGGAGAGUCCCCUAAAGAACCUCCUCACCAAGGCUCUCCCACUCAACAUCUUCGCCGAGACACCAAAGUUCGCCCAGCCGGUCCCUCUCGAGGAUGCCAAACGGAUAUUCCAGGAGCACAAUGCCACACAGCCAGAGGAGCCUGCUGCGCAAAACCAAAAUUUCCGCGUCACUACCUUCGCCGCUGCUGCAACAUGCGCCAACCCUCGCGUCCGCGUUGAGUGGGACUCCUACCCCGACAGCAGCAAGCAGCAAUUCGUGGAUGCCAUCAAGUGCCUGAUGGGCCGCGCUCCCUCAGGCCAGUUCCCCGCAGCCAAGAGCCGGUACGAAGACCUUGUUGCGCUCCACCAGACCCUUACACCCAAUGUGCACGGAAACUCCAAGUUCUUGCUCUGGCACCGUUACUACACCUGGGUCUUCGAGGACAUUCUACGCUCAGAAUGUGGCUUCAGCCAAACCAUGCCCUGGUUCGACGAGACCAAGUACGCCGGUCGCUUCUCUGCAUCAUCCGUCUUCUCAGCCAAGUGGUUCGGAGGCAUUGCCCUCGGCGGAAACUGUGUGACCAAUGGCGCAUUCGCCAACCUCGCCAUUAACAUUGGCCCCGGCUCAGGCAACACACCCCAUUGCCUUGCCCGCAACGGCGAUGCCGCCAAGACCCAAUACUGUAACUCCGACUACGUGAACCAGUGCAACGCCUACAGCGAUUUCGCCGGCAUGGCUGAUUGCGCAGAGAAAGGCCCUCACGCUUGGGGCCACAACGGUAUCGGCGCCGUCAUGCAAGACACGUACGGUUCACCCGCCGACCCCAUCUUCUGGCUCCACCACGCUUUCGUCGACCGCAACUUCCGCAUCUGGCAGAACGCCAACGGUGCUCGUGUCAACAGCAUCAACGGCAACGACGCAUCUGGCAGGGCCCUUACCCUCGACACCAACGUCAACGUCUACGGCAUCCGUCCUGAUGUCAAGGUCAGGGAUAUUCUCGACACCACAGGAACCACGCUGUGCUACAAGUACAACUACUAGAACUUGUUUGGCUUUUGUGCUUAGCGUUGUUUGGGUGGCAGUGCCCGUUUACGCCUUUUCGUGUUCUUAGCGCUUCUGUAUAUAUUUUAUUUGAAUGACAUGUGUAUCCAUGAAAACGUCCUGUUGGUUGUGAGACUGUGCGCGAUUGGCACGAUGGGGUUGCAUGGCCCCUUCAUGUAACGAAAGUGGCUGAAACAGGCGAGAUUGUGACUGUACUGAUGGCACGUAAGAUACACCGACCCCAUAUUCUCAUCUUUGCAUGUUCUGACUGUAUCUUACAUGAAUGAUAGUCACAAAAGAUAGUUGUCUCGUGCCUCUUGCCGUCAAAGUAGCCUAAGAAUACACGCGAUGCUCUUUGUACGA